AUGGUUGUCGGAACCGUCCUCAUCACCGGUGGCACCGGCUACAUCGGCUCCUUCACGACCCUCGCGCUUCUCGAGCACGGCUACGAUGUCAUCAUCGUCGAUAGUCUCUACAACUCGUCCAAGGUCGCCGUCGACCGCAUUGAGCUGCUCUGCGGCCGUCGGCCCGGCUUUUACGAGAUCGACGUGACGGACGAAAAAGCGCUCGACGAGGUGUUCGCCAAGCAUCCCGCCAUCGACAGCGUCAUCCACUUUGCCGCCCUCAAGGCCGUCGGCGAGUCGGGCGAAAUUCCCCUCGAGUACUACCGCGUCAACGUCGGCGGCAGCAUCGCCCUCCUCCGUUCGAUGGAGCGCAACAACGUGUCGAACAUUGUCUUUUCCUCGUCCGCCACCGUGUACGGCGACGCGACGCGCUUCCCGGACAUGAUCCCCAUCCCUGAGCACUGCCCGAUCGGCCCGACAAACACGUACGGGCGCACAAAGGCCAUGAUCGAAGACGUCGUCACCGACUUCAUCAACGCGCAGCGGGCGAACCUGAAGAAGGCGGGCAAGCCUUUCGAGAAGUGGAACGGCGCGCUGCUGCGCUACUUCAACCCCUGCGGCGCCCACCCGAGCGGCAUCAUGGGCGAGGACCCCCAGGGUGUGCCGUACAACCUGCUGCCCCUGCUCGGCAAGGUUGCCACGGGCGAGCGCGAGAAGCUGCUGGUCUUUGGAGAAGACUACCCCUCGCGCGACGGCACCGCGAUCCGCGACUACAUCCACGUCGUCGACCUCGCCCGCGGCCACCUCGUCGCCCUCAACUACCUUCGCGAGAAGCAGCCGGGCGUCAAGGCCUGGAACCUGGGCUCCGGUCGCGGCAGCACCGUGUUCGAGAUGAUCAACGCCUUCGGCGCCGUCGUGGGCCGCGAUCUCAAGUACGAGGUCGUCGCUCGCCGCCAGGGUGACGUGCUGGAUCUCACGGCCCACCCGAAGCUGGCGAACGAGGAGCUUCACUGGAAGACGGAGCUGACCAUGGAAAAGGCCUGCGAGGACCUCUGGCGCUGGGUGAAGAAUAACCCGCAGGGAUACCGGCAGGAGCCCCCGGCCGAGUUGCUGGCCGCCAUCAAGCCCAAGGCUUGA